GCAAUUCGUCUCCCUUCACUUGAGCAUGGUAGAGAUAGAGAUAGAAAAAAAACAGAAGAGAACGCUUUCGACUCCUCGCAGUUUUUGAGUGGACCCCGAAGCAAGCGAAACUCUAGCAGUGACUACCGGCUGCCGGUAGGAUAUUAUCGGAUUUGUCCUGUCUAACCUUCCUUUCUACAACCAACGAGUCAACGACCCGCCGUUCGCUCGCUCCAUCACUAACACAGCCCUGACAAGUGAAAUUCCUCCGCUCGGUCACUCCAACCUCUCUCUCCCCUUCUCCCCCCUCUUACCUACCACAACCACAAUCAACCACCACCACCACCACUACUACCACCACUGGCAACGAACCCUCUAAGAUAACAGCUCAUUACCUCCUGAGCAAAAGAUACCUUACCUCUACCAACCCCAUCAGCCAAAUAUCCUCUUCAUCUCAAUCACCUCAGCCUCAUCUGCUGCCUGCCUCUUUACACGUCGUCAGCUUCUAACUGCUACGCUGAUAUUCUUCCUUCCCCUCCAUCGCUCCCUCUCAACGAGCUCAAGAUAACCGAAAACUUCUGUCGCCAUGAAUCCCGAGUAGUAUGUACCUACCCCUCCUUACCUUCCCCUCAUUCUCUAUUCCUCAUUUGCAACCUUUUUUUUUCGAGUCUUCGUCUCCUAUCAUCGUUACCCUGCACCACCGGAUCUAUCGGGACGACCCAAAUGCUAACUCAAACUUUCUCUUCGCAGAGCCCUUUCUCUCCGCUUUCCUCUGCCUCUGAGUUCCCUUUCCCGUGGAAGAUGGGCCGUCAUUACUAGCCCGCCUUGAGACCGAAAUCCACUCGGAGCAUUCUUUGUUUAUCCCUAACAUGGCUUACUAACGGGAACGGUUUGUGAUAGAUACGAUUACCUCUUUAAGCUUCUUCUCAUCGGUGACUCAGGAGUCGGAAAGUCGUGUCUGCUGCUUAGAUUCGCUGAUGAUACUUACACCGAGAGCUAUAUCUCCACCAUUGGUGUCGACUUUGUUGGUCCCCCAAUGCAUCUCGUGCCGCCAACUAUUCUGUCGGUGUGAUGGACCUUCCCGGCUGACUAUUUACUCCAUUAGAAAAUUCGUACUGUCGAACUCGAUGCCAAAACCGUGAAACUCCAAAUUGUAUGCUUUCUUUUUCUUCCCUGUUUUCUUGCCCCUGACAUAUGCAGUUUGCAGGGUCUUGUUGCUGACUAACGUUUCCUACAGUGGGAUACCGCCGGACAAGAACGUUUCAGAACCAUCACUUCCUCCUACUACAGAGGUUUGCCCUCUCUUUUCACCUGAACAGGCGACUAGAUCUGACUCUGGGACUUUCAGGUGCUCAUGGAAUCUGUGUUGUGUUCGACGUGACCGAUAUGGGUAUGCUAGAUGACCUUGUCAUGCUUGCGUCACCGGAUAUUUUGCUGAUGGCUGUCCCAUCCAGACUCGUUCAACAACGUUAAGCAGUGGCUCCAGGAGAUCGACCGCUACGCCACUGAAGGUGUCAACAAACUCCUCGUUGGAAACAAGAGUGAUAUCGCAGACAAAAAAGUCGUCGAGUACACAGUGGCUAAGGUUGGUCACGUUCGAGACUAUCACAUGAUAACGUUUAGAUCUGACACACCAUGUCUCGUGAGUAGGAAUUUGCGGACAGUCUUGGAAUCCCAUUUUUGGAGACCUCGGCAAAGAAUGCUACCAAUGUCGAGCAGGCUUUCUUAACGAUGGCUAGACAGAUUAAGGUAGGCUGAUUAUAUGGUACGGUGUGAGAAAUACCCGCAGACUGACCGUUUCUAAGGAGCGCAUGGGGUCUACUACAGUCAAUAAUAAGCCCACCGUCUCGGUCCAGCAAGGCACAGGUGUCCAGCAGGGAUCUGCCGGCGGGUGCUGUUAAACAAUUACUCUUCUUCUUUUUGCCCACCGGACUAAUUUCAACUUCAAAGAUAAUCAAGAAGAAAAGAAAAAAACUUUGCACUAGACAUCCGACUAGUAUUCCGUUUUCGUGGAAUGUCUAGUCUCGGUUUCCCCUUUUUUCUCUGGUUGCUUGGAUGGAAACACUGCUUUCUGCGUUAUUCUUUGAAAGGCGGCGGAUUUUAAAUGGGAGCUGGGGCGUGGGUUUUUACUGUGGAGUGUCGAUGGAAAUUAAUGGCCCGGUGGAGAUAUUCUCAAGGUGCUUUGUGAGAACGUAGGGGUGAUGUGAGAUGUGUGAGUAGGUGGAAGGGAGUUGGUGAAUGGUGGCCGUAUUACACGUGAAACGAAGGGAGGCCUGGGAGUCCAACGUCAUUUUGUUUUUCUGUACCUCUCUUUCUUCUCUCCUGUUUCCCUCUUAACGUUAACGUAUGUGAAUUUUCUUCCGGCUUCUAUCACUCGUUUGCUGUGCAAUCAUUUUCUAUAUCUCCGG